GGUGGCGAGUGAUCACGUGUCUUUUUACAGCCGGGUAUCUACGCUCAGCCCUGUACAGAAAAAUAUUCUGAUACGUUGCAUUUCAUCAAUAAACUGAUAUAUAUUUGAGCCCUCAAGAUGCCUAUAUUCUCGGAGCUGUAUUUUAAUGUGGAUAAUGGCUACUUGGAAGGCUUGGUCAGGGGUUUUAAGGCUGGAAUUCUUUCACAGGGAGACUAUCUAAAUCUCGUCCAGUGCGAAACCCUGGAAGACCUGAAGCUCCAUCUGCAGAGCACAGACUACGGCAGCUUCCUGGCCAACGAACCCUCACCCCUCACCGUGUCCGUCAUCGACGACAAGCUCAAAGAGAAGAUGGUGGUGGAGUUCCGCCACAUGAGGAACCAGUCCUAUGAACCACUGGCGAGCUUCAUGGACUUCAUCACGUACAGCUACAUGAUAGACAACGUGAUCCUGCUCAUCACAGGCACCCUGCACCAGCGGUCCAUCUCUGAGCUGGUGCCUAAGUGUCAUCCUCUGGGCAGCUUUGAGCAGAUGGAGGCAGUCAACAUCGCCCAGACCCCAGCAGAACUUUACAACGCCAUCCUGGUGGACACCCCUCUGGCUGCUUUCUUCCAAGACUGCAUAUCUGAGCAGGAUCUGGAUGAGAUGAACAUUGAAAUCAUCCGUAAUACUCUGUAUAAGGCUUAUCUAGAGGCUUUCUACAAGUUCUGCUCCACUCUGGGAGGAACCACUGGUGACACCAUGUGCCCUAUUCUAGAGUUUGAGGCAGACAGGAGAGCCUUCAUCAUAACCAUCAACUCAUUUGGUACGGAGCUGUCUAAGGAGGACCGGGCCAAGCUGUUCCCCCACUGUGGCAAGCUGUACCCUGAGGGGCUGGCUCAGCUUGCCCGCGCUGACGACUACGAACAGGUCAAAGCUGUGGCCGACUACUAUCCUGAAUACAAGCUCCUGUUUGAGGGAGCAGGCAGCAACCCAGGGGACAAGACACUGGAGGACAGGUUCUUUGAGCACGAGGUGAAGCUGAACAAGCUGGCGUUUCUGAACCAGUUCCACUUCAGUGUGUUCUAUGCCUACGUCAAGCUGAAGGAGCAGGAGUGUAGGAACAUCGUGUGGAUCGCUGAGUGCAUCGCCCAGAGGCACCGCGCCAAGAUAGACAACUACAUCCCCAUCUUCUGAUCUCACACACACCAGUACGUCCCUACAUUCUGAUCUCACACACACACCAGUACGUCCCUACAUUCUGAUCUGACACACACACCAGGACCUCCCUACAUUCUGAUCUGAUCUGACACACCAGGACCUCCCUACAUUCUGAUCUGAUCUGAUCUCAUCUCAUCUGACACACCAGUACAUCCCUACAUUCUGAUCUGAUCUGAUCAGACACACACACCAGUACUUUCCCUACAUUCUUUAGACUAAAAGACGUUCCAUCUUUCAUCCUUUUGAGUUGUAUAGCUGGAGUGGAUCCGAUAUUUAUUUCAUCCCAGUGUGAGAGUCUGUCACCCCAUCUGAAAGGUAUUUUGUCCCUAGCUGGCACUUGUACUGACAGUGUAGUGUACUGUCUUGAUUGGUUGAUUUGGGUUGAGUGUUUUUUUGUAGUCGCUAUUGAAGUGAAGUGACUCUUUACGUUCAGCAGUUUUAAGUGCACGUGCGUUCCAAAAUGGCACCCCUAUUCACUAAGUAGUGCACUUAUUUUGACCAGGGCCCAUAUUGCUUUGGUCAAAAGUAGUGCACUGUAUUGGGUGCCAUUUUGGGGGACAUCCCCAGAUAGAAUAUCCAAUGAUGGAUAUGCAGAGUUUACUGAAAUAAUUUUCACUCUCCUGAUGUGUUCUGUGUUCUCUGAAAAUGAUACGUGUGUGUGUGGAUUAUGUUCAUGUCUUUAUAAAUAAUACGUGUGUAGGAAUGAUGUCCUUUGGAAAUGAGAUGACUGAACCUGAACAGUCAGAUAUUAUUGCAAAUUACAUCCUGGGUUGGAACAGAUUUCAUGUGUUUAUAUGAAAAAGAAAACUAAAUAUGUCAUGUUUAAACUAUACAAGGAUAUAUAUAUAUAUAUUUAAAUAUACUUCAUGAUUAUAAUUUUUUCGCAUGCUGUAAAAAUUCAUGUCUCGCUCUCAUGGUCCUGUUAAAAUUAGUUCUGUCUUAAUUGUGAAAUGUGUUGUAAAUGUAAUAAAUAAAUACUAUAUGUAAAGAAAUUGGUUUCAGUGCAAAAAGAAAGAGAACCCUGUUCAAAGCAACUAGUAUUCACAACCGGGCACUAGAAAAGACAGACAACCUUGACUUUAGUCUUUAGUCAACUCUGGUUUAUUUUCAUAACAAAUGCCUACUCACGAGAUACUGUAUUUGUAGUAGUGUGUCACAAUACGGACUCCAUUUUCUUUUGGGACCCUGCUUGAUUUUUAUUUAUUUUUAAACAUUUUUUAGUCAUUUAGCAGACGCUCUUAUCCAGAGCGACUUACAGUUAGUGC